AUGUCCGGAACUGUCCACCCCGAAGUUACCUGGGCCCAGCGCUCCUCCGACUCGGAUCCCGAGCGCAACUACCUCUACGUGAACCUGAAGACUGCCGAUGUCCCCAAGGCCGAUGCUAAGCUGAGCAUCACCCCCAACAAUGUCUCCUUCACCGGCCCCUCCGGCAAGGGCGUCACCUACUCUGUCUCUCUGGACCUGUUCGGCGAAAUCGACCCUGAGAACAGCAAGUCCAACCACACCGACCGUGAGGUCGAGCUCGUUCUGCGCAAGAAGGAGCUGAAGACGGAGUACUGGCCCCGUCUGCUCAAGGAGAACAAGAAGGUUCACUUCCUGAAGACCGAUUUCGACAAGUGGGUUGAUGAGGACGAGCAGGAUGAGGCUACUGAGGACGACUAUGCCAACAACUUCGGCGGCAUGGGUGGUGGUGGCGGCGAGGAGGGUGGCCUGAGCAACAUUGACUUCUCCAAGCUCGGUGGCAUGGGUGGUGCUGGUGGCAUGCCCGACCUGAGCGCUCUGGCCGGUGGCAUGCCCGGCAUGCCCGGUGGCAUGGGCGGAGCUGGAGAUGACGAGGGCGAGGAUGACGAUGAGGAACUUCCCGAGCUGGAGGAGGCCGACCAAAAGUCGUCCAAAAUCCAGGAGGUCUCUUAA